CUUGUUGUGAUUCCAAUGGAGAGUUUUUAUCUCUAUCACUCGACUACUUGAUCCAUCAAUCAAAUUACAAGAGAGAGAAAUUAAUCCAAAACUGUCUUGGUUGUUUUUACAAACAAUUAGAAUGUAGCUUCCUGUCAGCUCAUCAAGGAGCGGGGGUUAGUCUACGUUGGGAAAACAUUGGCCUGAUUUACAGUCAUUAUACUCCAAGAAAAAUACCCAAUUUUGACAGUGAAAGAGGUGAUUCGAUCGAUUCAAAUACUGAGAAGUUUUUUCGAUCUGUUCUAACAAUGAUUCCCGAUAAUUUGAACCCCGAAAAUUAUGUUCAUUUGUUGAAUGAAUUCAUUGAUCAUGGAAAACAAAUUGAGCCUUCAACAAAUAUUCCCAAACAUCAUAUUACUCAAGAUAUUUACUAUUACUUAGCUGAUUAUUACUUCAAAAACAAUGAUCUCAAUAAAGCCAUAGAAUUUUACAUUCGUGAUUUAACCUUAAAUCGCGAUCGAUUUAAUUCAUGGGUUGGCUGUGCUCUCGUACUAAUAAAGUUCAGUGAUGAAUAUUUUUGCUCUAAUGGUCGAGUUUUCUACUCAUCUACUGAUGAAGUUUUGCUCUUGGGAGAAAAAGUGUUACGAUGUUUCAAUGAAGCGGUUCGGCUGAAAAAGAGCGAAUCCAAGGUAUGGUUCGAAUAUGGAAAGUUCGCUUAUUAUAUUUCGAGUUAUAUUUCUCGAGUCAUGAAAUUUGGACCUGCUUUGGAGAAUUCACAAAAAGAAGAAAUGAAAAAACAACGAAAGCGAUUCUUGGAUCGAGCUCGAGAUUGCUUUGAAUCGGCCAUUAAUUCUGGCGAUUGUGAUACAAUUUGGAUGAAUUAUUAUUUCUUAGGAAAAAUCGCUGAAAGAAGUAACAUCUUACAAGCACUUCGAUAUUAUGAAUUAUUUAAGUUUCAUAUGACCUCAAUUGAACAUUCUCGCAGUCGUUUUGGAAUUGAAAUUCACUAUCGGAUUCACGCUUGUGUCCUCAAGUAUAUUUAUAGACAUAAAACUCUGCCAGCAAGAGUAUUAUCACAAAUGCUGGUGUUUUUAUCUCGUGCGAAAAAGGGCAAAACCUUUGGUGGGUUUGUGCCCAGCGACGAACUAGAGAUCGAAAAUGAGGUCAUUGAAGGCGCCGAAGAGGUUAAACCCGAUUUGGUUUCGAUGGAAAUUAAAAGUAGACAAUUAUUUAUGGAAAUUGUACAAAUGUGUCUGGAGGCGAUGCAUAGAAACUUACAAUGUACUCAAAGUUGCAGUCAUUACAAGUCACUCUAUCGAAUGGCUUAUCAUUAUUUUCUAUCUAACGAUCCUCGAUUCGCUCGAAAGAUACUCACCGAGUCAUUUGAACUGCCAGCUCGUUUCCCAAGCUCCAUACUAGAUGAAGAAAGUUCAACUGAUACAGUAAAUUUUUUUACAAUUUCAGGACUUUUCCCUUUAAUAAAUAUUAUUCUACAUUCCAUGGAAUCGUGAAGAUAUCAAACAAUAUUAUU